GCAGUGGUAGUAGUGAUGAUACCUUUCCUUUGAGUCUCACUUCCGUUGAGGAACGUGUGGUUUAGCCUUAAGGCAAACGUGUAUCGCACGCGCCUAUACUCAGGCUCUCUAAUAUGUUUCCGGUGCUCUAAUUUGCAAGAUUUCGGUUCACUCUCUCAGUGAGUGAAAGCGCGGCUCAAUUGCGACGAUAUCUACUGCCAUCACAACAGCGCCAGAAUCGCGGCCCUCGGCGUCAGAGGACGACAUUCACUCACGAGCAGACACUCCGGCUUGAGAUGGAAUAUCACGUCAGCGAAUACAUCACAAGAGGUAAACGCUUCCAAUUGGCAGAACUGCUCGACUUAAGCGAAAAUCAGAUCAAAAUUUGGUUUCAAAACCGCAGAGCGAAAGACAAACGCAUCGAGAAAGCCAUUGUUGAACAACAGUAUAGGUCUGUAUUG